AGUGUAGCUCGGAGGAAGUAUAGAGGUAGCACUAAUGAGGAUGAGAAGUUCCAUGUCAUAGUCCUCCUGUCACACACUGCCUCCUAUUGGUGUGUAUUCUGUCACACGUGAUGGGAAGGUCACUUCUUUCAUUCUGCAACCACAGAUUAACAAAUGUACGGGAUCUGACAAGAUCAGCUCCUCUUCAAUGGAAAGGAUAAGGCUCUGUUUUAUUGUAGCUAUUAUCGGGAUGGGAAUUUUCUGCUCCAUUGCAUGGGUAUCCGCAGGCCUGGAGGACAGGUAUAAUUUACAGUCAACUUCAGGUAAAGAAUUAUCUUGGAGUUAUGGGUAUCCUGACAUCCACAACACGGAACAAGAUUUACAGUUCCACCAUACAGGGCUGCAAAAGGAAUUAUAUUACAACAUAAUAACAAAGGAGACAAUGACCAAGGGAGUGAACCAUGAAAAUAACGUGCAUGCCAGGAACACUGUCAAUGUCACCAUAGACGGCACAACUUGUGUGCUUUUUGGAUUUAAGAGAAUAAUAAUUAGAUUCAAGAAACAGACUCAACUGGAUCUGACAAAUACGAACUUAAGCUUGUAUGAUUCUGUGGACAUGGAGGACUCGAGCUGUAAUGAAGAAAAUACCACACUUUCAUUGACAUUUCAUAAGGCUGCACAUAUGAGAGGACUUACUUUAAGUAAAGUCCCUUUGGUUAAGUGCAAAUCUGUGUGCGUUCUAUCUGUCAUCCUGUGGGUCCAGUGCAACACAAGACUUUUACUGGUGAAAAAUUACUACAAACUUACAGUCCAAAAUUGGUAUCAAUUGCAAAGCAUUCAGAUCCUCUUCAACCAUAGUGUGCAAGCGACAUUCAACAGCAUCAAAAUAUUUGCUCCAAUCAGCUAUUCUUACCACUGUCAGCAUGUGAGCAGCCUACAGAAAUACGAUUCUCUGUUAUUUCCCAGCUCUGAAGAUAACAGCUCGGCACUCUGGGAUGUCACCUUCCUGGAUUUUCAGAUACAAGGAUUUCACAUUGAAGAAGGAGAGUUUUCCUAUGCCAAAGACUGUACAACGUACUUUUCUCCAGCUAUUCUUAUGGGCCUAGUCAUGUCACUCAUCCUUCUAUUAGUCCUUGCUUAUGCUCUCCACAUGCUGAUCCAUCUAAAAUCUAUGGACAGACAUUACCAGAGGAAAUGUUCUGCCACCUAUUUCCCUAAAACAAAAGACAAUUGUAUGGAAGACGAGAGGGAGCCCCUCAGAGGCUGUGGACAAGAGUUCUAUGAACUAAGACAGCCCGAGUACUGUAGACUAAGCAUUCAGCAGUGUGCAUCUGUUUCCCAUUAGCUCCAUAAUUGACCAUUGUUUCCCUUUGUGUAUUUCUGUUAUUUUCAUUUCACAUUAAACACAGUUUCCAAGAAAUGACUCCCCCCGAUAAAGGCAUUAUAAAAUAAACUCUUGUGCAACACAGAUCCUCCAGAGACCCGCGACCCUAGAGCACUCUUGUGAAACUGCAGAGCGUUCUGUCACCAAAACAUGUUGAAUAAUUGUUGGCCAAUGUAUGUAGUGGAUGUGUUAGGCUGUGAGUCAUUAACAGUAAAGGUAAUCAAGUCUGACAAA